AUGUUUUCCUAAGGGAUUCUUGUUCUUUUUCGAACGAAUAUUUCUGAAAGGAGUUAGCGGCUACCUGGGAGACCUUCACCCGUGAGUGCGUUCGUGGUUUCGUUCAAAUCGUUAAGCGGGCGAAGUUAACGCGAGAACGAAGUCGAGGCGCGGUGCGGCGUGGCGUUCUGCGUCGCUUUCAAUCGCUUUUGCCCAUCGAGACGGAGGAGCGACGCUCGUCGGCGUGGGAAGUACUGCGUGAAAAGAUCAAGAAAGGCGAACGAACGCACGAAUCGCGAGUGCAACUUGUUCUGCACUAAGCUGCUAUCAUGGAAUCUGGAAGUAACCUGCCCAAUCCGGGCACUUAUCCCGGAGGAGAUCGUCAGCAGUUUUGUGUCUCUUGGAAUUCUCAUCAGUCGAACAUGCACAGUGCGUUUCCAAAAUUACUCAGCUCGGAACAGUUUGUCGAUGUGACUCUGGCUUGUGACGGAGGUUCGAUAAAGUGUCACAAGGUUGUAUUAUCCGCCUGUAGCGAUUACUUGGAGCGUCUUCUGUUGGAGAUCCCAUGUACUCAUCCUGUCAUCUUUUUGAGAGACAUGAAAAUGUGGGAGCUUCAAGCCCUGGUUGAAUUUAUGUAUCGUGGGGAGGUGUAUGUGGAACAACAACAACUCGCUACUUUAAUGCAAGCAGCGGAAGUUUUGCAGGUUCGUGGCUUAUCCACUCAGGGAUGCGAUAACACGGUGAAUGAGAGCAAUACACAAUCAUGUGAUUCUAAUGCACCUGUCACUCCGUCGACUCCUACUCCCGGUGACAGCAACUUCAAGGUGGAGACUUCAUCUAAUGAUGAAAGUACCUCUGACUUUAUCUCAUGUACGGCAAUGGCUAGCACAGGAAACAACUCGUCCUCUAUUACACCUCCUGUUUCACAAAAUCCUAACUCCUCCAACUUCGUAAACAUGGAACAUAGCGAAGCAUUACAACAUUUAGAAAAAGCUCUUAGCGCUUGCGAAGCGACUCUUACCGAAACUACAGGAAUGGUAAAAAUGGAGCCGGAUGAGCAGUUUGUACAACAGCAGGAUGUCAAACCGUAUUCCAUUAGUAUGGUAUCCAGUAAUAAUUGCAAUCCUAGCAGCCCAUUCCCUGCGAUUGAAGGUGAGCUUACAGGUUAUCAAAGACGACAAAGGCGUUCGGAAGAGGAACUCAAGCAAGCUUCGGACAUGGUGGCACGCGGCAUGACGUUUCAAGUAGCUUCAGAAAAGUACAAGAUACCGAUCAGCACAAUUCGCUUUUACAUGGUCAGAAAGGGCAUUCUGCAGAGGCGAAAACGCGGCCGCGGAUCCAGCAAUCUUGGUAUGAAUAGCCAACCGAGUAGUCCGGCCAGUCCACCGUAUCAUAUGAUGAAUUACCGUUUGCCAGAGAGCCUAAAUUCCAGCCUACCGUAGUGCUGUACAAAGAAGUAGAAGACUGCCUGAAAAACCCAGUUUUUUUUAAGUACAAAGAUGCAUAUUAUUGUACCAUGGAUACUGAAGUACACUGGAAUAUAAUCGUAUACUUAGUAUGUAUUAUAUUAUAAUAAUUCUACGUAAAGCUAGCGGCAGAACAUACGCAAUACAUAAUUCGUGGUUCACCAUUCGUAUGACAUUUGCAAGUAAUACGGAAACAGAUGUUUGCUAGUAGAGCGAUUUUUCAACGAAAUCGAAAAUAUGAGAAUUAUUAAGAAUCAUUGGUGGUUGGAAUCAUCAUGGUCUUUGUUUGUACACUAUAGUGCAAACAAUAAACUACAAAUCAAGGACAAAUAUAGAGACAAAGAAGAGAUUUACUUCUCGGUCUUGUCAUUCAUAUGUUAUUUCCGAGUUUUGAGAAAUUGGAAUAUUAUUCCUCCCGUUGAGGUAGAACUAAAGAUGCAAACAAUUCAAGGCAACUUGAUAGUUGUCUCUCGGAAAAUUGAGAUGUAAGUGUUAGAAGGAAAUCAUUCUUAUACUCUUAACGUUCUUGAUUUUUUUAUAUUUGCGACAUCUUCCUUGAUUUACUCGGCUAUUUGGAAGGCGUUCUAUAUUUUUUUCAUUUUUUAAGCAUAUUUUUUCGUAUGACGGAUUUCCGCGAAUUUAUUGCGAAUCAGGAAUUGUGAAUCAUGAAUUUAUGCUAAUGCCACAGGAUAUGUGGUAGUUUUUAAAGAGACAGUUUAUAUAAAGUUUUUUGGGAUUUUUUUUCUUAAAUACAAUAGAGACAAAGAAUGAAGCUUGCGAUUUAUAAUUUAUAUAAUCAUAUUCUUGUUUCAUUUUAUCUCAAGCAGAAGAAAUGUUGAAUAGCUAUGACAUAUUGACGUUUCGUUCUUAGAGAAAAAGCUACAAUUUUUUUAAUGACAAUGCUUUAAAGCUAAGUUUCUAAUUUUUCUAAAAUUAUUUUUAGAUAAAAAUACACUGGAACCUCGAAUAGCAAACCUUGAAAUAGCGCAAAGAAUCCCUUUUGUGCUGUGAAUAGUAUGAGUGGGGAGUAACCAGUAGUCACUAAAAUCUUGAAUUUUUGAUUGUUUUGGAGUGAAGAGCAACUUUAUUAUAGACUCCCGAAUCGCACGUUAUUACGAGGUUUCAGUAUAAAUCUGUAUAGAUUUGAACUUUCAAUAUAAUCGUGCAAAUAACUUGAAAGAUCUUAAAUAAAAAAAGUAAAUUAAAUUUUUUCUUUAGAUAU